GUAGCGAGUGGAAGGCCUUGGUAACUAGCUUAACUGUACUUGAGUGAGGGAAAGCACACGAUCGCUUGUGAAGAACGGGGUGAAAUUCAGUCGCCACUCGCCACACUUUCCCUGUUCUUAACCUCUUGGCGCCGUAAGAUAAUAGUUAGCAGGAAGUCAUCAGCACUCCAGAUCAUGUCUGGGCAGAGGAAAGGUGCUGCAGCUCGCCUGCCUAAAUGCGCCUUUUGUCGAACCAGCAGGGAAAAGGACUGCGGGCAGCUGCUUGUGUCUGACAGCCAGAAGGUGGCAGCCCACCACAAGUGCAUGCUUUUCUCCUCUGCCCUGGUCUCAUCGCACUCUGCUAAUGAAAACAUUGGAGGGUUUUCUGUUGAAGAUGUAAAGAAGGAAAUCAAAAGGGGGAACAAAUUGAUGUGCUCGUCAUGUCACCGGCCGGGUGCUACCAUUGGCUGUGACGUGAAUACGUGCCGAAGGACUUAUCACUAUUACUGCGCUGUAAAGGACAAAGCCCAGGUUAAAGAGAAUGCAUCACAAGGAACUUACCUCGUUUACUGCCGCAAACAUCGAGAUGCUUCUCGAGAGGGCAUUGAAGACGAAGAGGAAAGUGUGGCCAAUGACUCUGACCCCUCGCCACCGCAAAAUAGGGGCAGAGGAAGAUUUGAGAAGGGAAAAACCAAGGUUCGUGGCCAGGCAGAAGACACGCGCUCCACCUCCUCUCAGGCUGCGGAUGAGGAGACUUCCUCACAUCGGGAGAGGUCGCCUCUUCGGGCCAGUCCUGCUGAUAGCGGCCAGCGCUGCGGUUUUUGCCAUGCUGGUGAUGAAGAAAAUGGAACAAGGGGCGUGCUUCACACCGAUAAUUCCAAAAAAGUGGCUGCUCACUACAAAUGCAUGCUUUUUUCCUCCGGGACAGUUCAGCUGACCACCACAUCACGGGCCGAGUUUGGGAAUUUUGACGUGAAAACCGUAAUCCAAGAGAUUAAGAGAGGCAAAAGAAUGAAAUGCACACUUUGCUGCCAGUUGGGUGCAACUAUUGGGUGUGAGAUCAAAGCUUGUGUGAAGACCUACCACUACCACUGCGGUCUGCAAGACAAAGCAAAGUACAUUGAGAACAUGGCACGCGGAAUCUACAAACUGUAUUGUAAGAACCACAGUGGCAAUGAGGAGCGAGAUGAGGAAGAUGAAGAACGAGAGAAUCGCAGUAGAGAAAGAGCGGCAAUCGACCACGGAGGAACACCGUCGAUGCAAGUAAAUGGCAACUAGCCACAAUGUUUGGUGCCUGACAGCAAAAUUUGUGGGGGAGCUAUGCGUCUUUCUACAAAAUCUCAGCCUACUCAGCGUUGCGGUCUUUAGUUUCCCAUGAGCUGUCUUCGACACAUCGCCUUCCCAAAUAAAUGGAUGCACUGCAUUGAGACUAGAUGAGCUUUUCACGCAUUGGUGAUCCCUACAGAGCAUGGACUCCUGCAGAAUUGCGAUGAAAAGCCAAAGAUUAACUUUCAAAGGAGAGUUAUGGACGUAUCUUCAACUAUUUGUGCUACUGUCAUGCUCAAAAGCUGGAUGGACUGAAGUUAUACUCGUCACCUCGUAGACUACUUCACACGAUGAAACAAUAUUUUUCCUUCACUGCAAUACCUGACAGCAGUCUCUACAAAGUUGUGCAGUUUUAUCAUUUUGUUGUGUCAAUCAUAUCUUUCAAAAUCUUUUUGUUAGCCUUUAUUUCUUGCUAUGUAAUACAUUUGCUACUGUGUAAUCAUCAUGAGUAAUUUUGAAUGUGUGGAUUUUGGAAGGUCACAAGUUUUACUGGCAUGCACUUGCAUUCAAUGGUGGAUUCUUGUUUUUCUCUUUAGCCGCUAAAGAGCUCAGUACACAGCUUUUCAGGAAAGUUGGCUUGACUUUAUUUGGUUUGAUGUUACAACGUAUCUCUACAAAUGUAUGCAAUCAUGUUUUUGCAAAUAGAAUUCUUUUUGUAUUUUACAUGUUUACUGAAUAAUGUGGUCUUAUUUGAGUGUUUAAAAAAAAAGAAAAAAAAAAAGAAUCUCUCGCAUAGCCGGUAACUUGGUGUUCCGCGUCCAUGAGAGGAAUGUGACACCAGCCCAAGUAUCAUGAAGUCACUGUGUAUCUUUGUGAAUUUAGUUUUACAUUCUUGAACCUGACUGAAGCUUAUCAUGCUCACCUGGAACAUUCAUUCUGCCUUUUUAGUAUUUUCAAUAAAUUAAUUUGUGCAUUUAAUUCAUGUUAAUGCACAGAUUUCUCUUUGCA